UAAAUAUUUCACAGGUAAAUAUUCAUGUGAUGUUUAUAACGACCUGAACGUAGAGCAGUCGACCUAGAUUACCUGUACUGGAUUUAAAGGAGAAUAUUUUAUUGACUAUACCCCCACUGCGGUUGUUAUUCGCAAUGUCAUUUAUACCGAUAUCUUUACCUGAAUUCCGACGCGCUAUGUGGAUACAAGGCACGCUAUAAUGACAUAAACAAAUUUUACUACAGUGUAUAGAACAAGGGUUUCAUUCAAGAAUUUCUAUGUUCUGUGUAUGUUAAUACUUUUAAACGUCAAAACGUUUUGGAGUGACUUUUAAAUGACAAACUGAAGAUAAAGUGUGUAAGAUAUUAAAUGUUUUCAGGACUUUACCGUUUUGAAAAUUCGGCUGCUAUCGGGUCUAUUAGUGAUAUUAAUACUUAGUGACUUUAAUACAGACAAGACUUCUUACUCGAAGAUUUCCUUCAUUGGUCUUACCUUUUUCAAAAUAUGAAACACUACAUAAUUGUACAAAAGAAUAAGAAGAAUCUGAAGGAACGGUGAUAUUGUAUUGAAAUGGAGCAUCAGCUUGAUUUAGAGAAUAAAAAAUACGAACAAUGGGUGAAAGCUGGACUUGGACUAAUAUAUCUAGGAGAAGGACUGAGGCCAUUUUGCAACGAGGUUGUAAAGCGACAGCAUAAUGAUAUCUUGGAUAACAUUAAACGGACAAAACACCUAUCGACUGUGACAUGUGGUCAAUGCAAUCUGAACGAACUGAAACCAGACCAUGUACAAACAGGAAACAAGCAAUGCCCGUUAGGCCAAGCUAACUGUAAUUGCUUGCAUCCAUUUGGAAAAAAACCUUGUCCAAACGAUGUAUGUGGUGCCAUCUAUGACCAUAUUGUGACCAAUUAUGGGUCUACACCACCAGCUCCUUACUGGAGAAAUACUGAGGCAAAGUGGUGGUGUACUGAUCCAUGGAGUGUAGCUAAAUGUUUCAUCAAUUCCCCCGUACAUUACGAUAUAAUUGACUGUACAGGGGUUUUACGCUUGAUUAUAAAUAACCAGGGUUUUCACAAUCAUAUUGAUGGAACUGAUGUCUUCUCAAAGGUAUUACAGUACAGAAACGAGAUUUAUCAUUCGAGUUCUAUGGAGUUAGAAGAAAACACUGCCAAUACUUACAUUGAUGAUAUGAUAGCUAUUCUACAAGAUGGCAAAGAACUGAAAACACGACAGUGUUCACAAAACGCAGUACAGACGCUUCUAAUGUUAAAGAAAGACGAUUUCAUAAUUACACCAAUAAAUGAACACGAUGUGAUCAGUGCGAGCUUCAAGUCAAUUUGUGAUACGAUAGAGGAGUUCGAAAGCAAAUUACAGGAAAAUCUAGAAAACGUAUCUACUACAGAAGAUGCUGAAAACAAAUUAAGGGAAACACUAGAAAAU